AUGAAGCCACCGUACAAAAUUGCUGAUGAGAAGUUGGCUGAACUUGGCCGCAAGGAAAUCAUGUUGGCAGAGAAGGAGAUGCCCGGGUUGAUGGCAUGCCGCCGUAAAUAUGCUCCGAGCAAAAUCCUUAAAGGAGCCAGAAUUGCUGGCAGUCUCCACAUGACUGUGCAAACCGCUGUCCUUAUAGAGACUCUUGUAGAGCUUGGAGCUGAGGUGCAGUGGUCCAGCAGCAACAUCUUCAGUACGCAGGAUGAAGCAGCCGCGGCUUUGGUUGCGGUGGGUAUCCCGAUCUACGCCUGGAAAGGAGAAACUGAAGAGGAAUAUAUAUGGUGCAUUGAGCAGACAUUAGUAUUCCCAAAUGGAAAGCCACUUAACAUGAUCCUGGACGACGGUGGUGACUUAACGAACUUGGUUCACAAGAAGUUCCCACAAUAUUUGGAGGGCAUUAAGGGUAUUUCUGAAGAAACCACUACUGGUGUACACAAUUUGUAUAAAAUGUUCCGUGAAGGUCUACUGAAGGUACCUGCCAUCAAUGUAAAUGACUCGGUCACUAAGAGCAAAUUCGAUAAUUUAUAUGGAUGUAGAGAAUCAUUGCUAGAUGGAAUUAAAAGAGCUACAGAUAUUAUGGUUGCCGGAAAAGUGUGCGUAGUCGCAGGCUAUGGUGACGUGGGUAAAGGUUGCGCUCAAGCAUUUAAAGGAUUUGGAGGUCGAGUUAUUGUCACUGAAAUAGAUCCCAUUAAUGCCCUACAAGCGGCUAUGGAAGGAUUCCAGGUAACGACUAUGGAGGAGGCUGCUGAAGUAGGACAGAUAUUUGUCACUACUACAGGAAAUCUAGAUAUCAUUUGCAAGGAACACUUCUUGAAAAUGAAGGAUGAUGCAAUUGUUUGUAAUAUUGGUCACUUCGACUGUGAAGUAGAUGUCGCUUGGCUCGAAAACAAUGCCAAGAAAGUAAACAUUAAACCACAAGUAGACCGCUACGAGCUUGAUAAUGGAAACCACAUCAUUGUCUUGGCGGCUGGACGUCUUGUUAACUUAGGAUGCGCCACAGGUCAUUCAUCAUUUGUUAUGUCAAACUCUUUCACCAACCAAGUUCUAGCUCAGAUCGAACUUUGGACAAGGCACAAUGCAUACCCUGUUGGAGUUCACACACUGCCUAAGAAGUUGGAUGAAGAAGUAGCUGCCUUACAUUUGGACCAUCUUGGUGUAAAACUAACUAAGCUGACACCUAAACAAGCCAAAUACAUUGGUGUCCCUGUCGAGGGACCAUACAAGCCAGAUCACUACAGAUAUUAA